AUGGCUCGCGAAUCGCGAGUUAACGGUUCGCAACAUUUCGACCGGAUCAAGGAGAUCGUGCUAAAUCGAGUCGAAAGGAACCGAACCGUCACUUUGGCGCAGCUCAAACGAAUAUUGUGCUUGCAUUUCGGCCGCACCUACUUCCGCAGGCGAAAAUACGUCGACUUGCUAACGCACGUUAUAGAGUAUCUGUUGUACACAAGGAAAGUUAUCGUCGUCAAUCCGGACGGGCUGAACGCGGAGACGGUGUAUGGCGCGGUCAGUUACACCACGGCGGUUUUCAAUAUCAUUACAAAAGAAAUGCUGUCAAUGUUCGAACAAAAUUUUCGUUCAAACCCAUCGAACUUGUUAGCGCAAAACAUAUGUACGAUGUACGACCCUUUCAAAAUGUCACUGUCGAGACAAAUUGUUCAAGAACGACAAGAUCAUCAUUAUUUUUGCACGAAGAUCGAGGGUAGUGGUGUUCCGAUAAGCAGUCAAAAGAAUUCCGGCCGUUGUUGGAUUUUCGCCUGUUUAAACGUAAUACGUGUGUCGUUCAUGAAAACAUAUGGUAUUAAACAAUUUGAAUUCAGCCAAGCUUACGUGUUUUUCUGGGAUAAGAUCGAGCGAAGCAAUCAUUUUUUAAACACGAUAGUAUUGGUGACUAAAAAUGGAUUGACUUUAAGUUCAAGAAUAGUCACAAGUCUACUAAAAAACCCUAUCGAAGAUGGUGGUUAUUGGACUAUGGCAGUAAAUAUUAUUAAAAAGUAUGGGCUCAUGCCAAAGUCACAUUUCCCAGAAUGUUAUAGUAGUGAAGAUAGUAGAGAACUCAACGACAUUUUAAAUAGUAAACUCCGGGAGUUCGCUAUUGUCUUACACGAUAUGGUUAUCAGAGGCGCGUCGAACAAACAGAUCAAAGACGAAAUCGAAAAAGACAUGAUCAUCGUGUACCGGAUCGUUGGCAUCUGCUUGGACAUUCCGAAACCGACAUUCAAUUGGUACUAUCGCAGUAGUAAAAACCAACAGUGCUCUUAUCAAAAGAUUACACCGCUGCAGUUCUACGAGUCAGUAGUCCGGCCUACUUACGACCUCGAAAAUAAGGUUUCUUUGGUAUCGGAUCCCCGAGCAAACAACCGAUUCGGCCAACUCUACACGUUGGACUUGAUCGGAAACGUUAUCGAAGGAUCCAAAGUGGUGUACAACAAUCAGCCGAUCGAGGUUUUGUUGGAAGCUUGUAAAAAUUCCAUUUCCAAGCUUAACGAACCGGUCUGGUACAGUUGUGAAGUAAACCAAAAGUUUUCAUCCGAGCUCGGCAUUGAAGAUUUAAAAAUACAUGAUUUAGAAUCGAUGUUCGGCACCGAUACGUCGGUUACAAUGACCAAAAGCGAACGAAUGUUGUAUCACGAUUCGAGUCCAACACACGCGAUGGUAUUGACUGGAUUUCAUUCUGAAAACGAUGAAAUUACUAGAUGGCGCGUAGAAAACUCUUGGGGCCCUAACAUGCACAUACGCGGACACAUAAUGAUGACCACCGAGUGGUUUAAAGAAUACGUGUUCGAAGUGGUCGUUGACAAGAAAUUACUGCCGAAACAUGUGAUGGACGUAUUUGAUCAGGAAAUGAUAAAGUUGCCUGUUUGGGAUCAGCUCGGGACCAUUUUGUUCGUGAAAUAA